AUGUACACAAAUCAAUUGAAUGGUUAUGUUCCUCAUUCCAUUGGUAAUUUGAGCAACUUAAAAGUAUUGGACCUCUUCGAGAACAACCUUUCUGGCUCUCUUCCUAUGAACAAUAACUUUUCUGGCUCUAUUCCUAUGGAGAUAGGUAACUUAAAGUCUCUUUCAAAUCCAGAGUUGAACAUAAAUCAAUUGAAUGGUUCUAUUCCUCAUUCCAUUGGUAAUUUGAGCAACUUAAAAGUAUUGUGCCUCUUCGAGAACAACCUUUCUGGCUCUAUUCCUGUGGAGAUAGGUAACUUGAAGUCUCUUUCAGAUCUAGAGCUGAGCACAAAUCAAUUGAAUGGUUCUAUUCCUCAUUCCAUUGGUAAUUUGAGCAAUUUAAAGUAUCUAUACCUUAACUAUAAGAACCUUUCAGGCUUUAUUCCUUCUUCCAUUAGUAAUUUGAGCAAUUUCAAGCAUUUAUACCUUAGCCAUAAUAACCUUUCUGGCUCUAUUCCUUCUUCCUGUGCUAAUUUGGGCAAAUUAACACAUUUGUACCUGAACAGUAACAACCUUAGUGGUUCUAUUCCUGUGACAUAG